CUCAUAUCGCAGGCCGCAGGCUGAAGUGAGCCCCUCUGAAGACAUUACUUUGGAAACGAUUCAUCAUCGGCACCACGCUUCUGACAUUGUUCUCGACAGAAGGUGAGGGGGCACACAACAUCCACUACAGCAAAUUUAAUGUAAUUUCAUGAAAAGGAGAGCGUUAAUUUUACCAGCCACACAAUACAAAAUAGAGUCAGUCAGGGCUACACGUGCCCCGCCGUGGCCUAAUGUGCUAACAAGCACUGACAUGAAAAAUGAUAAAGAGCAUGCCAUUUCUUUUCCGAACACAGCCGACAGAGAAGUAAGACCGAAAGAAAGAAACGGGCGACGAGCUGAAAAUUUGUGACGUGUGCGAGGAGCAGGUGGCAUCGUAACUCGCAGGACAACGAGGCAUUGAUAGCUAGGGAAAAAAGCCAAAAAAGCUAGCGCUGCACAUCGGAUCACCAUUUACCAGCACAGCAUCGCAUCGCACUUACUAGCAACAGAACCCGUUGAGGCAUAUGUGCGCCGGCGAUGAAGGCAUUGUGUGGUUGCCGCAACUGAAAGGAUUCUGCGCAUUCAUUCAAAGACCCAUUAACCCUAAUAAGGAACCAACUAACCAGCUAGACAAUACGUUCCGCACGCUCAUCGAUGAGGCAGUACCUCCUUGGGGCCCAGGACAUAGAUUGUGGACAGUAGGUCUUGAAAGAGGCCGCAGUAGAAACUGCCACAGGAAGGUAACGGCCCGGCGAAUCGAGAAAGGAUGCCAAUGGUGCUUCCACGGAUGGUGCUGCGUCUGCGGCGGCCCCUGAACCUGAUGGAAGUGCGAAUCCUGCUACUCUGCCUACCGACGCUGCUCCUGGCCACGACGCUCGAGCCAGAUCAAAAGUCAAUACUCACAGAUAACGAUUGGAAAAAGUUAUGGAUGCGCGGCGGUAUUAAUGGCGAUUCAAAACAGGAUAAUAAUCUCGACACGAGCGACAGUCCAAUGUUCGAAGACAGUGAGCUGAUGGCUCACAACACAACCGUCCAGCUGGGUGGCACUGCCUUUCUGGUCUGCAAGGUCUCCGGCGUGGACAGAGUGGGUGUAAAUUGGAAUCAAAUAUCCUGGAUCCGCCGCCGGGACUGGCACAUCCUGUCGUCGGGGGCCCAGCUUUACACGAACGACGAGCGAUUCGCGAUACUGCACACGCCCGGCUCCAACAUGUGGACGCUGCAGAUAAAGUUUGUGCAGCGCCGGGAUCACGGCAUGUACGAGUGCCAGGUCUCGACGCCGACUGGCAUCAUUUCCCACUUUGUGAAUCUUCAAGUGGUUGUGCCGGAGGCAUUUAUUCUGGGCUCCGGCGAGCUUCAUGUUGACAUGGGCUCAACAAUCAAUUUGGUUUGCAUUAUUGAAAAGAGUCCGACACCACCACAGUACGUGUACUGGCAGAAGAACGAUCGCCUGAUCAACUAUGUCGACUCCCGACGGGACAUAACCAUUGAGACGACCCCGGGACUCCGAACGCAGAGCCGCCUGAUCAUUCGAGAGCCGCAGAUCACCGACUCCGGCAACUACAGCUGCUCGGCCAGCAACACGGAGCCGGCGAGCAUCUACGUCUUUGUCUCGAAAGGCGACAAUAUGGCAGCAAUCUCCCGUCGGAAAACCUCUUCGGCCGACCGUCUGACGCACAUAUUUAAGUCAAUGUUGGCACCCUGUUUCCUGCUGAACACGGUUAUUGUCAGACGCAUCUUUCUGACUUAAGUGGACAUCUUGGCCAGCUGUAGGAAGCGGGAAAACGAUGACAAGGAAUUCCUAUUUAAGCUAUAUCAGUGUCUGAUUUAAAGCAAGCCGAAACAACGUUAGUAACUGAAUAACACAAAGUCUAGAAUAAUUGCUAAGCUAAGCUCAGUAUAAGCUGCGCACUUAAGUGUAAAAAUCAUGUUAAGCCAAUCGUAGUUUCUGUGCAGACAUGAUUGAUUAAAAUACGGACAAGUCGAGAUAAGUACUAAUAUAGUUUACUUACCAAUAAUUGUGUACAGUAUGUUGAAGGAUUUUAAAAUAUUUGAAUUUCGUUUAUAAAUAUCCUGUAUACUAUCCAUAAAUUACCCUGUUGCCAUCAACAAAGUUAUGUAAAUGUAUAGUGCUUAUUUCAAAUGCCUUUUUUUUAACCAAUUUUAUUGCUUUGCGACCCCAAAAAAUCUUUGCUGUAAGUGGUAUUUGCAUAGUUAGCCAAUUUGAGUAUAUCAAAUUGGGUAUUUAUGAAUCAUAACGCGUAUUAAAACGCUAUUAUCCCAGUUAAUAAUUGCUAAUUGAAAACUAACUAGAUUAAGACGGAAACUUGUAGCCCAGAAGCAACAACCAGGGCCAAAUUAACGUUAGCGGGAAUAAAAACGAGAUGAUAAACCCAUAUUCAUAUUUAUCUUAUUAUGUUUGUAAAUAAACUUUAAAGCAAAUGGCAAAGCAAGCACACACAAGCAACAUACAACAUUCAGUCUUGUGCUAUACACAAAUUUGAAAUAUGUAAAUACAAGUAAAAAAUAAAUCAUAUAGUUCCGACAGCAUCAACCAGAAGGCACACAGCCUACUAAUAAAUGUGCAAUAUAUUGGACAUGGCACGUGGACGGGAAUGUGAACGGAUGAGAGGUGUACGAUUACGUAGAUUAGGGCAGGACGAUUUGUAUGGCGCCAAAAACAAAUACGCAAAUCGCGUAUGUGGGAAACGUAAUCCUAAAAGGAUUCUAAGCAUUAUGGCCGAACCAACUUAUGGUCCAAAACGGCGUUUAACCCACCCCCACCCCCUCCCGAAAGCGAAUGAAAAAUACUGUUUUUUUAGGAAAAAUAUCAAAAUAGACAAAAGACCUACAUUAUAAUUGUAAACAGAAAAAUAUGGUUUUUAAAUUUUGUAGUACAAGUGAAAAGCAGUAUUUUUCAUGUGAGACGAUAGUUUUGUUCGGCAAUAUUGCUUAGAAUCCUUUUAAGUUUACUUUCCCCACAUACGAUUUUUAGGCUACCAAAUCUACCCGCCCUAAUGGAGAUGCUUUAUGGGCCUUCAAACUGUCAAAGUCAAGCUGUAAGUUAUAGCAAAAACACAGAAGACAUAAAGGAACGCGUCGAGGCGAAAAACUAUCUUUAGGGUCAAAUAUGGGUUAAUGAAAUGCAGUAAUCUGCCAAAUCAGAAAAUUAAAAAAAAUUACUUUACGAGCAGACAUCUAGAUCGAAACAUAAUUGAAAUCUAAAACACGUACUCGCAUCUCGAGCUCAAAAACUGUAAUUUCUGAAAUAGCUUUGGCAGGGAAUACUUCUUAAAAAUGUUAUUUGAUGUUUUCGCGUUAGUUUCCUGCCUGUGCGAACGAGCUGAAUCACCUCAAUCAUAAAAAAAUCAUCUACGUAACAAAUUAUGUACAAUUUCUCGACUGUUUAUUAAACAAAGGCUGGUUCCACCAAUGGCUGCUGUCUGCACUUUCGAUAGAAUACAAUAUAGAGUAUACGCCCCAAUUCGAAUCGAUUUGUCUUCAGACUUACACCAGGAAUAAAAACCGUUUGUUCAUUGCCGGUACGUAAUUAAAAAAUGAUAGACGAUACCAUUUAAAGUUCAAAGACAUCCAUUAAUGUAAAACUACAGCAAAACCAAAAAGUAGCUUAAUCAUUAAAAUGCAAAAGUCAAAAUAUGGAUUAUGCAGAAAAUCCAAAAACGAUUCAACAGCCUUCUUGUCUGUAUGUGUAUGCCUAAUGCUUGUUGGACAAUUUAAAAGUUAUUUGAAUAGAUUAAAAUUAACAUAAUUAUAUUUAAACUUUUUUUUGGUUUUCACUGUUAACAUUUCCACUGAAAAUAUUUGGUAUUAACAUUCGUAUGUAUGUCGAAUGCCUGAUACAGGACCUUCUCUCUAAAUAAAGAUCACAUACGAAAACAAAUAUAAAUUGUAAUAGGUUAUUUCAUUACUCUUGGUGUGGAUGCAGAGCAAAAGUAAUUGAACAACCAGUUUAGAAUGUUUUCAAUGUAAGUGCUCGAGCACAAUUUUUAACUUGCAACCAUUUGACGAAUAUGAAUUUAAUAAUAGUUCACAUAUUAAUAAAUCUAACCAGAACUACAUUGUGCUUGCAUGCACAGAUACAAAGAGUUGGGGCAACAGAAAAUACCAAAGCAGCAAUGCAUGGCUAACAAUACAAAAUCAUUCAAAUAAAUCAAGUGAUUAUCGUGGAUAAAUAAAUGUAAUUCAAA